CACUCAGACCCCCAAGAUUUCUAUUGGCAAAUCCUGAGAGUUCUGAUACAAUUUCCUCAGCGCUAUAGCGUGGUAAGAAGUUAUCACGGAGCGCAGCAAUCAACGGCGAGUUACCAUCUUCCACAAUACCAAACGUUUUCAGCAAAAACAGCGCAACCGCUGACAACGGCACGAGACACAACAAUGUGUUAAACGCCAACGACGAUGCCUGCUGGAGACAUUUGUGCGCUAUGAAUUGAUGCCAGACGUUCACGCCGAGACGCAGAGCAGACCCCCUGGGCACCGCGAAAAUACCCCUCAUACUUUUCGGAAAGGUUAUGUAUCAUCAUAUCUUAUGAUAGACUCGAAACCGGAUUUGAUUUCACGCAUAAAACGCAAACUUAGACAAAACCCGUUCUUAUCUUACCUCAUCGGAUGUCCAUAUCCCGCCCCACGAUGGAAUCGAUGUGUCAGAAAACUGCUCCAGCGUCUCGGUCCCGACGCGAAAAUCUUGGAUCUUGGUGCCGGCACUCGCCGCCGCGCCCCAAACGUCAUCAACCUCGAAAUUGACAUGACGCCUGAAGUCGAUAUUGUCGCCGAUGGACACUUUUUGCCAUUCAGCGACGACACCUUCGAUGCGGUGAUCUCUGAAGCCGUCCUUGAGCAUGUCCGCUCGCCGAAUCUCGUUGUCGCUGAAAUCUAUCGUGUGCUGAAACCCGGUGGCAAUAUCUGCAUCGCCGUCCCAUUCCUACAAGGCUACCACGCCUCGCCUCACGAUUACCAGCGGUGGACAGUCCCCGGCAUCGUCCAACUCUGUGCCGCAUUCUCUGAAAUCGAGAGUGGUCCCUGCGCCGGUCCGACGACCUCUUUACACUGGAUCUUCCGAGAAUACGUCGGACUGGAAGGAGGCAGCACCAUUUACGAAAUCAUCAUCCUCUGCUUCGGGGCAUGGCUCACCGGUGUAAGCAAAGCCGGCUUCGGGGGCGGCAUCGGAAUGAUCGUCGUUCCCAUGUUCACGCAUUUCCGCAGUGCUCGAAACGUCAUCGGGUUAAUGCUCCCGCUUCUGUUCUCAACAGACAUCUUCUCGCUUUCCCACUACUGGCAGCAGUGGCAUCGUCAAAGCGUCACACGGCUGGUCCUCGGCUCCCUACUCGGUAUCGCCUUAGCAAGCCUGAUUUUGAAGGACAUCUCUGAUGUCCACCUAAAAAAGGUCAUCGGUGGCAUCGCCUGCUUAUUUGCGAUAUUAGAAUUCCUGCGUCCGUAUUGGCAACCACUCCUCGGAAAUUCCGGGCAAUCCAUCCAAACAGCGCUCCAAUUCAAAACGUGGCAAGGACUUCUUGCAGGGAUAUUCGCAGGCGCGUUCUCAACCCUCGCGCACAUGGGUGGACUCGUCAUCGUCAUGUACCUGCUCCCACAACGUUUAGGCAACACCGCCUUCGUCGCAACCACGACCGCCACCUAUUUCCUACUCAACUUCAUCAAAAUUCCGUUCUAUUUCCAGUUGCAACUUUUCUCUUUCGAAAUUCUGAUUGAAGCGCUCGUGCUUCUCCCAUUUAUCGGAUUAGGCGUGCUAACGGGUAUCUCGCUCAACAACCGCGUGCCGGAACGGCUCUUCUCGAGAAUCGUCCUCUUCUUCCUAUUCGCGACCGGAGUGACUGUGAAGAAACUCCAAAUUGGUGUUAUUGACCUCGUUGCCAAAGGUCCCACGCGAACUUUGUGGGCACGGACAAUGCACGCGAAUCUGGCAAGCAUUAUGCCCCAGGCUAUCGCCACGUGGUGCGAGGAAGAGGGACAUGCUGUCUACUUUAUGUGUUAUACCGGGCUUGAAAAUUCCCUUGAGGAAUUACCUGAAACACUCGAUCUCGUUAUCAUAGGAACAUUUUCGCAGGGAGCCCAACUCGCAUACGCCUUGAGCAACCUCUUCCGAUCCCAAGGCGCGGUUACCGUACUCGGGGGUCCCCAUGCUCGCUGCUAUCCUCAAGAUGCCCAGAAGUAUUUCGAUUACGUUCUCGGUUUCACGGACAAAACAGUCAUCCGCGAUCUUUUGCAAGACUGUUCCCCGCACCGACCUAUCGGCGUUCAUCUCGCAGCGAAUGGACAACCGGGGACACUCCCCGGCGUGCAAGAGCGUUGGAAGUUCAUAGAACUCACCCACCGCAAAGCCCCCUGGAUUAAGGCGGUUCCGAUGCUCGGUAGUAUGGGAUGUCCAUACACUUGUAGCUUUUGCAUCGAUUCAGUUAUUCCCUAUCAGCCCCUGGAAUUUGAUGUCAUCAAGGCAGAUCUGCGUUUCCUCUUAGAGAAGUUUAAGCGACCCCUCGUCGGAUGGCACGAUCCGAAUUUCGGUGUCCGAUUCGAUGAUUACCUGUCGGCAAUCGAAGACGCAGUGCCGCCAGAUAGCAUAGACUUCAUCGCCGAAAGCAGUCUCGCACUCCUCUCGGAACCACACAUGAAACGGCUGAAGCGAAACGGAUUUAAGAUGCUGAUGCCCGGAAUUGAGUCAUGGCAGGAUUUCGGAAACAAAUCGAAAACAGGGAAAAAUCGAGGAAUCGAUAAAGUUCAAGAGGUUUCGGAGCAGGUUAACAUGAUUCUGAGAUACGUUCCCGCGGCGCCUCUCAACCUUGAAUAUCAACAAGAAGGUCGUGUCCUCCCCUUUCCGUUCUAUUUCCUUGACAGUAAGCGCGGAAUGAAUAUCAAACCGAAAAACUAUGCGUGGGAUGAGUUGUACGAUAACGUCAUUGAUCUGAUUAAACAUAACAUCUCAUGGGGGAAUCUCUUUAGCAGUUACAAGGCGAUUGAUGCCUUUGUCCCGCGAUGGGUGAACGUUAUCCGUGUGCUGCCAUGGUUUGAGCAACUCAAGUACUAUCGCGAAAUCCGCCGGAGGCUUGAUGAAGACCCGCAGUUCCAACCUUUUUUCACGGGCCAGACGACAGAAAUUCCAGAGUUCUAUGUGGAGCGGAUACGAAAGAGUUUAGGGGAUUUAUGGGAGUGGCUGCCGGAAGGAGCUUUGUAUCACGACCCGAACGCUUAUCUCAAGGCGCAGGAGAAUCCCUUAACGCUAUUAAAUUAA